GUCAGUCCCGCGCGUUUCUCCGGACCGCUUCAUGCGCAUACUCUGCCAUCUAUCUGCCUUGGCUCCUGUUCAUACACAACCAAUCGUUUUCCCUUCGCGCUUCUUGACAUGGACCGGUAAAGCUUGGCUGCCUAGGACCACGUCUCAUGAUCCUUCCUGUCCCUGCCCAGGCGAAUCCCUCUCCGUCGCAGAGUCCAAUGGCAAAAAAUGGGUCAUCGUCACUCCCCUCUCCCUCCCCGGCGAGCGCAUCCGCGCACGCGUCUACCGACAUUCCCGUCUGCAUUCUCAUGCCGAUCUCGUCGAGGUCGUCCAGUCCAACUCAGAGUGGAGGGACAUGUCCCGAGUGCAGUGUCGGUACUUCGGCAAAUGCGCCGGCUGCCAGUAUCAGAUGCUCUCCUACGAGAAGCAGCUCGAUCUAAAGCGUGAUACCGUAGUCGAAGCAUACAAGAACUAUUCCAGUAUACCUCCAGAACUCGUCCCUCCAAUCCAGCCCACCAUUGGGUCGCCGUUGCAAUAUGGUUACAGGACCAAAUUGACCCCUCAUUUUCAACGUCCCCCCUUCUCUUUCCAAAAGUCGCAGAAGCGUGGGGAAGCUCCAGUGGUAGAAGGCAAGCCUGAUUGGCUCAAAAUCGGUUUCCACGAGGUUGGCACCAGACAUGUCAUGGAUAUCGAGGGAUGUCCUAUCGCUACGCCUGUCAUAAACAAGGCCCUUGGCCCAGUUAGAGACAACGUCAUCAAAAACAUCGCUAAGUUCAAGAAUGGCGCGACGCUGCUUCUACGCGAUUCUCUAGCAAUCGAGUCUUCUAGGGACGACGAGCCAGUCGCAUCCGGCUCCACAACGACAGAGGAUGGCCAUAUAUGUGUCACGGACCAGAAGGGCUCCGUGCGAGAACGGGUAGGCGACAUGUUCUUCGAGUACACCGCUGGCACCUUCUUCCAGAACAACAACUCCGCCCUGGUCCCGCUUACGUCGUAUGUACGCGACGCUGCGUUUCCCGCUACCGACGCCUCAGAAGGCGCUGCGAAGCCUACCCACCUGGUCGAUGCGUAUUGCGGGAGCGGACUCUUCUCUAUCAUGCUCGCGCCCCAUUUCGACAAGGUCGCCGGUAUCGAGCUCUCGGCGGAGUCGAUCCGCGCCGCACAGCGCAACGCGGAGCUGAACGCGCUCUCGACGGAGAAAGUCUCGUUCAUGGCCGGGGACGCCGCCAACAUCUUCGAGACCGUCCAGGAGUUCCCUCGGGACCGGACGGUGCUCAUCAUCGACCCUCCGAGGAAGGGGACCGACGACCGCUUCAUCGAGCAAAUGGUCGCCUUCGGCGCGAGCACAGUUGUCUACGUUAGCUGCAAUGUGCAUACCCAGGCGCGCGACGUCGGUCGGAUGCUGAAGAGGAGCGACGACAAGGCACAGGCGGAGGGUGGCAAGAAGUAUGUGCUGGAGAGCUUGCGCGGGUUGGAUCUGUUCCCUCAGACGGCUCAUGUGGAAGCUAUCGCUGUCCUGAGGCUCAUGUAAUGACUCAUUAGUUUACUAUUAAUGUAC